CUCCUUCUUGACUGGAGGCACAGGGGCAUUAAUUAACUUAGCGGCCCGGGACUGUGCCAGGCUCACGGGACGCCUGCACCUCUCAGCGUCUCCAGCUCCGGGACGCUGUCGUCCCGACUCCGAGCGGAAAGAGAGUCAAACUUUCGUCCGUGGGCGGGUGGGGCUCAGCAGGACCCCAGCGCCUCCUGUCCGGCUCCCCCAGCCUCACCGCGGGGUGCUGCGCUCAGAGCACUUUCCAGUUGCGACUCCCGGCCAGAAACUUCUCGGGAAUGGAGCGGUCACAGUGUGGCAGCAGAGACCGCGGCGGUAGCGGCCGACCCCACCUGGCCCCGGGGCUGGUGGUGGCCUCUCCUCCGCCCCCAUCCCCGGCCUUGCCGGUACCGUCGGCGCUGCAGGUUCCCCCAGCGUUCCUGCGGCCGCCCAGCCUCUUUCUGCGAGCUGCGGCGGCCGCCGCCGCCGCCGCCGCCACCUCGGGAAGCCGAGGCUGCCCGCCCGCCCCGGGGCUGGAGAGGGGGGUGGGCGCGGUGGGCGCGGUGGGCUGCGGCUACCCGCGGACGCCCAAGUGCGCCCGCUGUCGCAACCACGGCGUGGUGUCGGCGCUCAAGGGCCAUAAGCGCUUCUGCCGCUGGCGCGAGUGCGCCUGUGCCAAGUGCACCCUAAUCGCCGAGCGCCAGCGAGUCAUGGCCGCCCAGGUGGCGCUGCGCAGGCAGCAGGCGCAGGAGGAGAGCGAAGCCCGGGGGCUGCAGAGGCUCCUGUGCUCGGGGCUCUCCGGGCCCCCCGGGGGUCGGGCCUCCGGGGGCGGCGGCAGAGCCGAGAAUCCCCAGGCCACUGGCGGCCCUACGGCGGGGGCUGCGCUGGGACUCGGUGCCUUGAGACAGACCAGUGGUUCCGCGACCCCCGCUUUCGAGGUUUUCCAGCAAGGUUAUCAUGAGGAAAAACAAGAACAAAAAGAGAGUAAAUGUGAUUCAUGCCAGAAUGGACAAGAAGAACCAAUCUCCAAAUCCCAUCAACUUUCCCUGGGAUCAUCUCCUAGGUCUAAUGGUGUCACUGGGAAACAAAGCAUCAGGUCAUCUAUUUCAGAAUACUCCAACAAGCAUGAUAGUACCCUAUCUUCUCAUUCUGGAGAGCAAUCAGAAGGUGAAGAAAGUCCCAGGUCCUUAUCAUCCUCUGAUCUGGAAUCAGGAAAUGAAAGUGAAUGGGUCAAAGACUUGACUGCGACCAGGGCCAGCCUUCCUACAGUGUCCUCAAGACCAAGAGAUCCUCUUGAUAUCCUUACCAAGAUUUUCCCAAAUUAUAGGCGCAGCCGUCUAGAAGGCAUUCUGCAGUUCUGCAAAGGGGAUGUGGUCCAAGCCAUUGAACAGGUUUUAAAUGGCAAAGAACACAAGCCAGAAAACAGGAACCUAGCAAGCUCAGGAGAACUGGAAAACACAGCCUUUCAGAGAGCUUCAAGUUUUAAUCUUGCAGGAAUUGGCUUUGGAACUCUAGGUAAUAAAUCAGCUUUCUCUCCUCUUCAAACUACUACUGCAUCUUAUGGAGGUGACUCAAAUAUCUACAGCUUAAAUCCUAGAGUAGGUAUCAGUCCCUUAAGGCUGGCAUACUCUUCUGCAGGAAGAGGAUUAUCUGGUUUUAUGUCACCCUACCUAACACCUGGGUUGGUACCCACCCUGCCUUUUCGGCCAGCUUUGGAUUAUGCCUUUUCAGGGAUGAUUAGAGAUUCUUCCUACCUUUCCAGUAAAGACUCAAUAACUUGUGGUAGACUGUAUUUCAGACCAAAUCAGGACAGUCUGCUGUAAUGUAUAUGCCCAUUCCCCCUUUCUGGAGUGUUUCUAGAAGUAUGCAAUACAUGCAUGUGCACACACAUGCACACAUAUCCAUUAAUAUACUUCAGUAAGUAUGUGAGUAGAUUAUGAGGUUUUAAAAUGCUAUUUUUUUCACAAGCAAUAUAAUAGGUCUUAGAUCUGAAGACCCUUCAUUAAAAUUUAUCAAGUGAAAGAAGUAAAUUUGAACAUUAUAUGUACCUUGAAUAAAGCUAUUUCAGGAAAUAUCUACUUUAAUGAAUUUUGUCCCUAAAUUAUCAUUUGCAAAAAUGUUUUAUUUUAAAAACUAUACUUGUUUUUAUUUUAUUGAAAAGUGGAAUUUUUAGUGAUAAAAUACAUUUGUAAGUAUAAAGCAAUCCAGCAUAAUAUAAAUCAAGGAAGAAUUGAACAAUUAAGGCCAUUUCUAAGUAAUUACUACUUCAAAACAUUUUAUUCUGUCCCUUGUUCAUAGGAAAGAAAAAAGUUAUUCAAAGUAUUUUAAAAAUGUUUUAUUUGCAGAUAAGUGAUUCGUAAUAAAUAAACCAUUGGAGCAGUUUGAAUUUAUAUUUUCUGAGUGUUUUAUUUUUCAACCUUAGCUUCCAUUUGUGAAAACAAGUGUCGUUAAAAACCGUUUCUCUAAGGUUAACACUGGAUUACAGACUACAAAAUAGAUCUUAGGAAAUGAGACUUCGCCAUCUCCUGGCCACUAUCACCAAUUGCAACUGAGCUCUGUAGAGUACAUGAAUUAGAAACAUUGUUUCCAAAGAAUAAACAGACCGUAUUUUCAAAUAGUCACUUUGGAUUAUGCUAUGUUAAAAUUUUCAUACUGUAAAGUGCAUAUCUGUGAAUGAGAGUUGCAAACUGUAAGUGAGCUUAUGCUUGUAUCUGGGGAAAUAUCCUUUGCUUAUAAGUUUGGGACAAGAAUAUAUGGCAGCCAUUCUGAAAGGUAAGAAUAAUUUUAUUCAGAAAACUAAAGUAGCUGCUCAAAUAAAUAUUUACUAACUGGAGAUAGUUGAUGCUUAAUGCACUGAGGAGAGACAUAAGAUUUCCAAAGGGGAAAAACUGCCAUGAAGUUUCAGAGAUAUUCUUGCAAUUUUAAACAUACUUUUUGUCCUCCAUCUGGCACAUUUGAAAACUAUUUACUUCAGUCCGUGGAAAGUCCCUGAGGAAACCGCUUACAAAACAAUUUCUAGAACAUUUUCUUUGUAUGUCAUCAUUUUUUUUUGAAGGACAGUAACUUCAUUGUUAUUAAAAAUAAAUGGAAACCCAGUGGUGGUAAAAGAUAGUUGAUGAAUUAGAGAUUGUUUAAACAAUUUGAGCAGCAUGACUCACUAAAGAUUUUUAAAUUAUAUGUAUAUAUGUAUGUGUGUGUAUGUGUGUCUAUGCAUAUAUAUGUCUACGUACUUAUACAUUAAAGCCCUACAGGUUAUAUUAUUAUGGAGGCUUUUUUCAUGAAGCCAGUAAGAAUGUAUUUCCAAGGAAUAUUUUGCCAGAAAAUAUGAUAUUAAAUUACUUCAGAAAAUCUGAUGCUGAUUUAGGAUGUAAAUGUGUUUAACAGGUUAUAUAUUAAUUUCAGUGGAGUGGAUUUAAGAAACCAGAUCUUGAAAAAUGUUGAUGUUCUCAAUAUUCAUUUAUUGGAAAAAAUUUUAGUACAAUGUCUAGCAAGUAGUUGAAAUUCAAUUAAUAUAUACUGAGUAAGAAACUCUUACAUGUAAUAGAUCUCUGUGAGACCCUGAUAAAACUGAAGAACUCUACAAAAUGGCCUACAGACACACAGUUUUGCAUACAGUUUCCCUGGGUUCUUCAAUCUCCUAAAUGGUAUUCAGGUUAGAUUCCUUUGUGAUUCUUCAGUUGUUUCUACUGCAUUAAUCCACUUACUGAAUGCUAUUUUUCUGAAAAGUGCUAAAUCCUAUAGAGGAUACUGAAUGUAAAAUAUUUUGCUUUAAAGGAAGUUACAUUAUCCAGUAGAGAUAUGGUUUAAAACAAUGAUUCUACAGUUACUGCAUUAUUUGUGUGGUCUUAUGAUGUGCUUGUAUCUGAGAAACUGAAUUGCUUUUGAACUUGGAAGAACAUCCAUUUUGGGCAGUAUUCAUAUUUAUAAUAUAAUUUUAUAAUCAUAAAACUUAAUUUAUAUAAUGCUUACACAUUCCAUACCCUUUAUAAUAAUAUAAGGACUUAAAAUAGGUUAUUUGUCUAACAACUUAAUAGUAUGUGAGGAUACUGAUGCUCAGCAGUAGAGUCUUUUUCUCCCUAAAGUUAGCAGUAUGAGUUAUCUGGAGUAGAAUUAUUGUACUCACUUCAGCAACUUGAGACUCCAAGGUCUGAGGAAGAAUUCAUAUCUGUUUUGUCCAUUCACAGCUUUGUACAGUGUCUGAUAUAUCAUAGGUGCACAAAUACUAGGUUUCCACUGUCUGAAAUAAAUAAAAGGAAAUAUUAGCUUGAGAAUUUAUUCAUUCAAUACAUAUUUAAUAAGCACCCUAUUUCAUGCCAUGCACUGUGUUAGAUACACAAUAUAAAGAAGUAUUUAAGAUAAGGCUUUGCCUCAAGUUGUUCGCAGUCUAUAUUGUCAUGUGUACAAAAGCAACCAAUCAUCCAAAGUCGGUAUUAUUUGACGAUGUUGGUACAUCAAUGAGUUCUUUGUAAUCUUGAUACUCAUGUCCAUGGAUGCUUCUUGAAGCCUGAACUCCUAAGCCACUAAUUAGUAGUGAGAAGAAAGAGGUGGUAAAUGCUUUAAGAGCUAGCAUAUAACAAAAAUGAAUUGGGUUUAUCUGUAUCAUUUAGAGGGCUUGGGAGGCAAACAUUUCAUAGAGUAUUCAGAGGAACAUAAGGAAUGACGUUUUUACAGUUAACAGCUGUCCAAGAGUGUAAUGGCUGCCUUAUAUGAUAAUGCAUCUUGUACUCAUUGAAAAAUGCAUGUAGAAAAUACCAAUCAGAGACCUGCUUGAUGGGAUUUUUCAUUACUGGUUUAAUAUUGGGACUGAAUCAUUUUGUAGCUCAUCAGAAAUAUGGAAAGCAUUUUUAAAAUAAAUAGAUAAUGAAAUUUCAA